UCCAACUCCUGGCGGAAGUACAGAUCUAGGGGAUGCAGGGUACCGGGAGCUGGUGGUGCAGGCCGCGAGGCCACGGUCUCGGUCUGUGAGUGGAGGGUCUCGUUGGGUGGGAGGGCAGUACAGGCCGGGCAGAAGCAUGGCCACCCGCCGUCUGACAGACGCCUUCUUGCUAUUGCGGAACAAUGCCGCCCAAAACCGACACAUUCUGGCCGAGCAAAUUGCAGAUGAUCGUAUGGCAUUGGUGUCAGGGAUUAGCCUGGAUCCUGAAGCAGCCAUUGGUGUCACCAAACGUCUGCCUCCAAAUUGGGUGGAUAGUGUGGAAGAAAUCCAGUUUGACAUCACUAGGAUCAAAAACAAGAUGAAGGAUCUUGCUAGUCUGCACGAUAAACACCUAAACAGACCUACCCUAGAUGAUAGCACAGAAGAGGAGCAUGCCAUAGAAAUUACAACUCAGGAAAUCACACAGAUGUUCCAUCGGUGUCAGCGUGGUGUGCAAACAUUACAGAGCCGAUGCCGUAACUGUACUGAACAGGAGGAGCGUGUGCUGAGAAAUGUAGUGUCUUCACUGGCUCAGUCACUGCAGGACCUCUCCACUAACUUCAGACACUCACAGUCUGAGUACCUCAAACGGAUGAAGAACCGAGAAGAGAGAUCAAAACACUUCUUUGAUACAUCGGUGCCCCUUAUGGAUGAUGGAGAGGACAAUACUCUUUAUGACAGGAGUUUUACAGAAGACCAAUUAGCAUUAGUGCAACAGAACACAUUGAUGGUGGAAGAACGAGAGAGAGAGAUCCGUCAGAUUGUACAAUCCAUCACAGACCUGAACGAGAUCUUUAGGGACCUGGCAGGGAUGAUCGUUGAACAGGGUACUGUUUUGGACAGAAUUGAUUAUAAUGUUGAACAGUCCUGCAUCAAAACAGACGAUGGCUUAAAACAUUUACAAAAGGCUGAGCAGUACCAAAAGAAGAAUCGCAAGAUGCUUGUAAUUUUAAUUUUAUCUGUCCUUGUAGUAGUUCUUAUUGUUGUGCUAAUUGGUGUAAAGUCUAACUAGGUCAUUUCUAGCUUUGACUUUUAAUUUUUUUAAUUUUAUUUUUUGGGGUGUUUUUUUUUUUUUUUUUACCUGUGAAUCUUCCUUUUGUCAUGUGGGUUAAGGACCUGUGAUCUUGCAAGAUAUUUUGUGGACUUUUCUGGAAUUUCUCCCUGAAAGAAUUCACACACAAGAAUUCACACCAAUGUGAUGCUAACAAAUGUAUAAUAAUUUAUUUAAAAACUACGUCUGGAAUUGUAUUUGAAAGAGCACAAUAUGGACCAAUAUAGAAACAUUCACAGUGAUUAUGCGUCUCCUUUUACAAGGACAAACACAACAUAUUGUAUGUGUGCUAGGGAAAACAAGCAUUUCUCGCUGGAAAAACGUGCACCAUUUAGCAGCAGUUCUUACGUUGAUCUGUUCCUGAAGGACAGUUGCAAUCUAAUUUUAGAAGUGACGGAAAAUGCUAUGGGCUUUUUAGAUUAUGUGCUAUAAAUGGAUAUAAGGCAUCUGUAAGACAUUUUGCAAGAUAAAGUGCAUUCAAAAAGGCAACUUUUUUAAAAAAAGACGGGAUUGGCAUCUUGGAAUUGGAAUCUGUCUAUUGUAAAUUUUACACACUAAUUAUUGUCAGUCAAGUUUAUGCACCAUUCAGCAGCGAAACCAAUCUCCAUAGGAAAGCUAAAGUGUAUAUGUGUAUAUAAUAUAUCACAUUAUUACAUUACUAAAACAUUUAUUACACAAGACCAGUGAUACAGAUAAAUAUAUAUAUAUGUGUGUGUGUAUGUAUAUAUAUAUAUAUAUAUAUGUAUAUACACACACUGCAGAGUGUUAUUACAGGAGUAUGCUUGGUAUAUGCAGCGCCAUCCUUUAUUUAUUUAUGUCCCAUUUACCAAUAAUGGUAAUUUAUGAUUAGGGGUAUUAAUAGCACUUUAUAUUGUAUUUUUUAAACUAUUGUAGAGUUUAUGAUUUCCUGCUGGAGAAGGGGGUUAAUGUUUGUUUGUGCUGCUGUUGAUCUGUUAUUCUAUAAUGGUUUGGGAUGUCAUUUUUAUGGGACUUGAGCUGUACUAAGUGUUUUAUCCAUUACAUAAAGGGGCCAAUAAUGCUGCCGAUCGUGUCUUUUUCAGCAUUCAAAGGUUUAUUAUGUUUGUAUACUUACUGAAAGUCUUUAAAAUACUCCAAAUUCUUAUAUGAGAUGUAUAUGUCUACUGCUCUGGCCCUACUGAAAUGCAACGCCACAUUAAAGUAUACUUUACAUGCCUGCA